UUCUUUGUUUGGUGAAUACUUUCUGCUGGUUUUUUUUGUUUAUUAAACCCUCACUAACUAGUCCUCUUUACAAGCCUGCCUGUGUUUUUUCCGAAUGCAUAUUAUUUUAAAUCAAAAUGAAAGGAAAACAUAUGUUGUGCGUAUUAUAUAUUAUUGUUGUAAGACGAUUACUUUUUUUCUCUUGGCCUCAGGAAAGCAGAUCAAAAGGAAAACUAUCGUUCUCAAAUUUAAGAUGCCCUGCACUUAAAAAGCAUCAGCUUACGGAGGCAUCAGAUACCUCUUAUGUUUGUGCUAAUUCUCCGGACAUAGUAGGCCCUAAAAUUUCUCUGGAGGAUUUCCGAAACAUGCCAUCGUCAUCAUCCGGUUUGAACUUCAAAAACAGUGUUCAUCAAGAUGACAGGGUCAGGGAAAUCCAAUGGCCCGACUUUGGUGACACUACAUCCAAAUCACAGCAUCAGCAGAUGUUUAAUAAUGCUACGCAUGCAUGGCAUAGUACUUUAUCGGAUCAGCCCGGGAGGAUUUUAGCUCCAUGGUCAGAACCAGAGUUGGAUUUUCUUUGGAUUGGAGUGAGAAGACAUGGAUUAAACAAUUGGAAUGCCAUCUUAAAAGAUCCAAUCCUUUGCUUCUUGAGAUCAAGGGUGGCAAAAGACUUGGCUGAACAAUGGAGUAGAGAACAUAAAAAGCUUCUUGAUGAUACACCUUCUCAGCCAACAAGACCGUAUUCUGCACCGGCUCUCUCACCAUCUCCUUUUAUGCCGAGAUCUGCAACACAUGUUUGUUAUUCUGGAAACAUUAGUUUACCGUCAGGCCUUCAAACAGAGAGAGCAGAAACAACAUUUUCCCCCAGAGGUUUAUUCAUUCAUAAUGAGAACACUCGUGGGAGCAUUCCUGUGGGAAGAACUCCUGUGAAUCAUCAUCUUGGCAGCAAUCCAGCAAGAUCUGAUUACUCAACCACAGGAAUUAGAUACCCGAGGAAUUUUGAAGCACACGACAUCAAAAAUCAGUUUGAGACAUCUACUUUACAUAGAGGAUUACUUGAAACGCCCAGGCAUGAGGUGCAAUCUCCUCCGGGUAGUAGUAUUACUCUUCCUCACUGGCUUAGUGAAGCACUGAAAAGAAAUCAAGAGAGAUUAGGAUUGGCUGACCCAAGCACUGGGCGGUCUAUACUUAAGAACGAGGAGAGAAUCUAUAAUCCCAAUUUUGAGAAUUUACCUGCUCCAGAUCAUACUGUGGCUUCUCAUGGAAAUGCUGGCGGUACAAGGGUGGAUGAACCAUGGUUCCCAGAGAGAUCAUGCAUGAUUCCUGUUCGAGGCAUAACUUUUCAGGGUUUUCCAUCAGUUGAUCCAGGAUGGGAUACAAAAAGUUUUGAUUCAUCUGCACCCAGUACCUUGGGUAUGAUUAUUGGGGAAACAUCCAAGGAUGCAGUUGAUGCAGGUUUAGGUCCAAAUAAUGCAUUAGAUUGGAAUAAGAAAAGUUCUGGUUCAGUUGGACCCAGUAACUUGGGAAUGAUUCAUGAGGACACAUCCUCAGAAGACACCAUAUCAGAUGAUCAGAUAGGAAAGAACCAGACAUACAAGAAACUGGUUUGAAAUUGGCCAUUUAUACAGGUUUUCUUUUCUUUCUUAUGGGCCUCUCUAUUUCUGCUGUUUAUGCAUGGCCAUUUAUGUUUCCCUUAAUAUAUUGUUGGUGUAGAUAAUUAUCAGAUUAGGAUGGCUAUAUUCACUUAAAGCUCUCUUUGUCUUCCUCUUGUAGACAUGACAAUGCACUGUUUACCAAGACUUCAAUCUGCUAAGAUGCAUUAUUGUGGAACUUAUCCUAUGACUUUUGUCUUCUUUGCAUAUGUACUUUUAUACAAAGCUAUUUCUUCUAAGGAAAUUGAGUACCAAAUUCUGUUAAUUCUAUUUUCUUAAAAAAGAAGAUCUUGUUAAUCUACAUCCAAAAGAUGAUAAAGUAAACUUGUACUGUUUCUGGUUCUCAUCAAGCAGAUUAAUCUACACAUCAGUGUGUUAUAGUUGUGGUAAACCAAGUCAUUAUGAAUGUUAUAAUCUCGAUAUGUGAAUGGAUUACAUCAGCAAAGUUUCUUGUUGUCUCUUGUAUGUGCAAAAACGAGUCACUUGGAUGAACUAACAAAUUAAAGAGUUUCCAGAAUGACAGUAUAAAAGACAAUAUUCUCUUUGGUGUACUGUUACCCAAGAAGAGAGUCAACUAAUUUCUUCAUCAUUUUCUCUUUAGAUCAAUGUGCUUGAUCAGAAGUAGUGAAGCUAGGGAUGUGGUAUGACUUAAACUAAUGAAUUGGCUGCAAGCACAAUUUUACCUUGAAAAUGAUCUGAAGGGCCAAAGUCUAAAUUAGGAAUAUUCGAUCUCCUGUAAGCUUCUGAAAGUUAUUCAUACUGGCUACUCUGACAACUUAAAAUGUCAAUUAUAUUUGAGUUUGUAAUAAUUUCCUUUGUUGUGAAUCAGAUAAGGAAAUUGGGAGGUACCUGAUGGCUUGACCAAUCCACAUUGGACAAAUGGAACAGCACAAAACACAAGCAAUUAACCAGAGAUGUACAAAUUCAUUACGACUAAAUUUCUCUUAAGAGGCUCACAAUCAAUCAAAUAACACCUAAAUUGCAAAGACAAGUUGCUUAUAAUUAGAUAUUCAGCUUUUCUAAAGAGUGAAUCAUACAAUUCAUAGGUUUUCUGUUGUCUAAGCUUGCAUUACUGUGAUGAAUGAUGCAAAUACACAGGAUAGAAAUUAAAGUUCCUCUGGACCAUGCUUGACGAGCUGCAGGAUUUGAAUCUUAAAACUAGUGAAUUAUUAUCUUUUCCUUGCCUCACAUAUGACUGCACAAUUAAGUGGUGAUCAGAUGCUUGGACCAUAUUGUGAAGAGAAUGAUCAUGAGACUCACAUUAGUCAUCACUAAUGAUCUAAAAAACAAGGCUAAUAUACCUUCUCAAAGCCAAGCACCCUUUGCUCAAUCACAUGGACAUGCCAUUCUACUCCUCAUUCUACCUUGUUAGAUUAAGAUCCCAAAUCCAACAGUGACAUGGGAUACAACAUCCAAAGUUACUGCUUCUAGAAGUUAAAGGUACUCAUUCACUUCCCUUGUUCAAGAGAAUGAAGCU